UCGUCUACAAAAGUUUGUUAUGUAGUUAGCAACUCUUUACAUUACAAAAUAAAAUAUCAAAAUAAAAGACAUAUAAUCAAACUAAUAUUAUUAAAAACAAAAAAAUGUACAUUACCUUUUCAACAUUGUGCCGAAUGUGCAAUAGUAAACUGAUGCGCUUUUCUCUUCGUCACAAAUCGCGCACGACGAAAACAUCCCUUUGGCUCGAGCAAGCUUAUAUUGGUGGCGAAUGGUUAGACGCGACGAGCGGUGCCACAUUCGAAGUUCGAAAUCCAGCAAAUAUGCAAGUGAUCGGCUGUGUGCCCGACAUGACAGUCGUCGAAGCCCAAAAAGCGUUAGAAGUCGCCACGAAAGCAUUUUACGUGCCCGAAUGGAAGUUGAUUACAGCACGCGAGCGCUCACAGUUGCUGAAGAAUUGGCACAUCUUGAUUUCACAGCAUUGCGCUGAAUUGGCUAACAUAAUCACGGCGGAAUGUGGCAAACCAUUAACCGAGUCCCUAUCCGAGGUGGAUUAUGGUCAAUCGUUUGUUGAAUGGUUUGCCGAGGAAGCACGACGCAUUGAUGGCCAACUCAUUGCCAGUUCAAUGAGCAAUCAGGAGGUGCUUGUGCUUCGCGAGCCACUUGGUGUUGCAGCACUCAUUACACCAUGGAAUUUUCCGAUGGCGUUAGUCUUACGCAAAGCAGCAGCGGCUAUGGCGGCCGGCUGCACAGUUGUCGUCAAACCUGACGAAGAUACACCACUUUCCUGCUUAGCACUAGCUAAGCUCACCCAAAUGGCCUGUAUACCAGCUGGUGUUUUCAACGUGAUCACUACGAAUACAGCUCCACCAAUCGGUGAUCUCUUCUGCCGAAGCCCACUUGUGUGUGGCAUCUCUUUUACCGGCUCCACUGAAGUUGGCAAAUAUUUGUUUCGUGAAUCAGCCGGUUUGCUGAAACGUGUUUCGCUAGAGCUCGGCGGUAAUGCACCAUUCAUUGUCUUCAAAUCCGCUGACAUUGCCGAAGCGGUUAAGGGUGCAAUGUUAUCGAAAUUUCGUAAUUCCGGACAAACUUGUGUCUCAGCCAACCGUUUCUACGUACAGUCCGCUGUAUAUGAGGACUUUCUGAAACAGUUGCAAGCACAAGUUGAAGCUUUGAAAAUCGGUCCGGGAUACAAUAAAGGUGUGCAAAUUGGUCCACUCAUUAAUUUAGCGGAGUUAAAAAGAAUUGAGACAAUUAUGAAAGACGCACGAUCCAGACAUGCGAAGGUAAUAUGCGGUGGUAAACGUCUGCAAGACAUUGGUGAACUCUUCUACGCACCCACUAUCAUCACCGAUGUGGAUCGUACAGCACGUAUUUAUCGUGAAGAGAUCUUCGGCCCAGUUAUCACAUUGACAAAGUUCGACACUGAAGACGAAGUUGUAACCAGGGCAAAUAGUUCUUUACGCGGCUUAUCCGGGUAUUUCUAUAGUCAAAACUUGCAAGAAGUAUUUAGAGUGGCGCGACGACUUGAGGUCGGCAUAGUGGGCGUAAAUGUAGGAUUGGCGUCGCAGGCGGAGGCACCAUUUGGUGGCAUCAAGGAAUCCGGUAUCGGCCGUGAGGGAGGACACUAUGGCAUCGAUGAAUUUACUGAGAUAAAGUAUAUCUGUUUGGGUGGAUUGAAGUAUGAUUGAGUGGAGAGGUGGUCAGUUUCUACAUAUAAUUUUUGUGACUUGAGACGAUUUUGCAAUUCAGUACGUGACAGUCACAAAAAUCUCUCUAUUCAAAACGAACAGAUCUACUCAGCUCUUACAUUUCGUUAUUUAGAGAUGUAUAUAAAACCUGAAUGAAAAUAAAUAUGUCGAUAACAAAUAUUACAUUUUCUAUAACGCAGUCAAAAAUCAUAACUACCAAUAAAAAUAAAAAUAAAAUGUUGAC